AUGGAGACGCUUGACUUUGCCGCUAUUGGAGCCGGCUGGUACGGUCUGGCUGCGGCCAAGACUCACCAUCAGCUUCACCCGAACAACAAGCUGGCCGUCUUCGACCAGUCGCCGACGGCCGGUGGCGUGUGGGCCGAGCACCGGCUGUACCCGGGUCUCAAGAGCAACAACAUGCUCGGCACCUACGAGUACCCCGAUUUCAAGAUGGACCCGGAGACCUUCGGCAUCCUUCCGGGACAACACAUUCCCGGGAAGGUUCUUCACAACUACCUCACCAAGUACGCUCAGCACUUUGGUAUUUACGAUAAGAUCCGUUUCCAGCACAAGAUUCUGUCAGCGGAGCACCAGGAGACUGGUGGCUGGGUUCUGAAUAUUCGAAAUGAAAAGGACGGAAGAGAAUCCCAGGUCUUCACCAAAAAGCUGGUCGUUGCGACUGGUUUGACCUCGCAAGCCUUCUUGCCCGAUUUCGAGGGUCAAGAUACUUUCGGCGCGCCAAUCUUCCACGGAAAGGACUUCCUCCAAAAUGCCGGUACUCUCGAGACCACUAAGCGCGUUACUGUGUUUGGCGGCACCAAAUCCGCCUGGGAUCUCGUAUAUGCGUAUGCUACCAAAGGCAUCGCCGUCAACUGGGUAAUCAGAGAAUCCGGCCACGGUCCCGUGUGGAUGGCACCGCCAUACGUGACACCCCUCAAGAAAUGGCUCGAGAAGCUCGUCCACACCCGAGCGUUGACUUGGUUCAGCCCUUGCGCCUGGGGUACAGCCGACGGCUACACCAAGACGCGAAACUUCUACCACGGCACCGCCAUCGGCCGCGGCAUCGUCAACAACUUCUGGAGCGUCCUCGGCAACGACGUCAUCACCCUCAACAAGUACGACUCCCACCCGGAGCUCAAAAAGCUCAAGCCCUGGUGCGAGGCCAAGCACGUCGCGUCCAGUCUCUCCAUCCUCAACUACGAGACCGACUUCUUCGAUCUCAUCCGCGACGGCAUCGUCUCCGUCCACAUCGCCGACAUCGUCAAGCUCUCUCCCAAGGCCGUCCACCUCUCCAACGGCCUCGCGCUGGAGUCAGACGCCCUCUGCUGCGCGACUGGAUGGAAGCAGUUCCAGCCCAUCAAGUUCCUCCCCGCCGGUAUCGAAAAGGACCUCGGAAUCCCCCACGCCCCGGGGCCGGACAGCUUCCCGUCCGCGGAGACGAUCGAGAAGGUCGACAAGGAGAUCUUCAGCAAGUGGCCCGCCCUCCGGGACCAGCCGCAGAAGAACAAGAAGCUCACCCCACUAGUGCAGAACGGCGGCGUCUCGACCAAGGAGGCCGUCAACCCCUUCACGCCGCUGACGCCCUACGCCCUGUACCGCUUCGUGGCGCCGCCCUCGCAGAAGUUCCUCGAGCACCGCGACGUCGCCUUCGCCGGCGUGCUCAUGCACAUCACCGCCGCCAUCAUCGCAAACACCCAGGCGCUCUGGAUCGACGCCUUCUUCCACGACAAGCUCCCGGCCGUCCGCGAGGCCAAGUCCGACCCCAAGGCCAUGGAGAAGCUGCGGUACGAGACGGCGCUGCACAACCGGUUCUGCAAGUGGAGGUAUCCGGCCGGCCACGGAGACAUGUUCCCCGACUUUGUGUUUGACGCCAUUCCGUACGUCGAUGAACUGGUCGGUGACUUGGGCUUGAACAUCUACAGAAAGAACGGCAUGGUCGCCGAGGCGUCGGACCCGUACGGCCCCGAGGAUUACAAGACUCUGGCCGAAGAGUGGGCGGCAAAGUCUGCCGCAUGA